AUGCGAGCCAAGACCAGGAAGGUGGCACCCGAGGCGGGUGACAUUGCGUGCCUGCGUAAAGGGCUGGACACCACCGACAACGUGCCUCUGCUUGAGACCUCUUACGAAAUAGCAAAGACUGUCUGCAAGGAUUUCCCCCCAGCACAGGCCGCAGACUUCAUGAGCACCAUCACGGAAAGCCUGAAGUGUACCAGAGACGAGCGUGCGUGGGCCGCUGAGAUGUGGAUGACUACCUUUCUGGAAAAAUGUGGACAGCAAAUAUAUCAGGAGGUGCCAGAAGUCCUGCACGUUCUUUACAGCCGCAUGCAGACCAUGCAAGAGAACACCCACAGGCCCCUCCUGCUCCAGGCAGUGUAUCUCCUGGCCUGCUUUCACCACGAGCCUGUGGUCGACAGCCUUCUCCAGAAACAUCUGCCCAUGGACAGGGACACGAUGGAGCUGUGGAGGAUCCUGGGGAGAAGCAGCCUUGGGGUUCAGGUCCUGAAGUACUUAACACAGAAGCUGGAGGCAGCGGGAGAGAACAGCCCUGGGCCCCACUCCUCCGCUCACGAACCGGACCACAGCCAGGCUGCUCUGGAGCCCCUCAUGCUCCCCUGUGCCAUCUCCGAGGUGGUGUUUGUGCUGCCAGCCAAGGAAAGGGUCCAGCGCCUGCUUCCCCGUCUCCUUCCUGGCCUCCUGGGUGAGAUCAGCAAGGCGCUGGGUGAGGUGAUGCUGCCUGCCCCUCUCAGAUACCAGAGAGGGCUCUUCUUCAGUGCAUCAAGGAGGGAGGACAAGCUGCGCAGCCCUUACUGUGAGGCUCUAGAGCUGGUGCUGAGCAGAUGCAUGGAGGAGAGAUGGCUGCUGCUGCUAUGGAGGCAGGGAGCGUGGGCAUCCCUCAGAAACCCACAGGCUCACGCUGAUGGCGUGUGUCUCCUGACGAGUGUCCUGCUUCGCAACCGGCUGGUCACAAGGGGUGUGAUAUGGGCCCUCUCCCAGUGGCUGAACUCCCCCUCGGAAAACCUGCAGCUCACAGCGACAGCUUUCUUUGCUGAGCUGAUGAAGGAUCCGCCAGUCAUGGAGAAGAAGUCCCUGGAAAGGGUCCUAGGUGUCUUGGUGGAGAAAUCCCAGCACGGAAUCGGCGCCGUGCGGCAGAUGGCAGUGAGAGGCCUGGGCAGCGCCGUCAGGGGAGCACCCAAGGAGGUGCAGAAGCACAAGGCGGCCAUCCUGGAGGUGCUGCAGAGGGGCCUGGAGAACACCACAUGUCCUGUGGUGGCUGCCGAGAGCAUGCUGGCGCUGGCGGAGGUGGUGAGGAAGCUGAAGGCGGAGGGCUUGGGGUCUGCCUUCAAAGAUAUUGCCAGGUCCACCAAGAUGUUCUUUGAGGCGGAGCCAGAUGUCCUUCGCUUCUCAGCCUUCAGCCUCUACGCUGCCCUGGCUGCCGCCGCCUCCGCCUCCGGGAAAAGAUCCUUCUUCACCAGAGAAGUGGGGGAAACCUGGGUCAGCCUUCUCUUGCACCUCCGGGAUCCCAUCCCUGAAGUUUCCAAUGUAAGAGCCCCCAGCUCUUCUUUGCAAAACUGUUGA